UGGGAUAAAGAAGGUUCUGUCGUGGCGUUGAGGUUAGUUAUCAAACGUGAGCUGAAUUUUAUUCCUCACAGUUUAUCGAAAAAUUGUAGCGAAAAAGUUUUAGUUGGCUGUAACGUUGUCGGAAAACCUUUAUCGGUUUCGGGUCCGUGUAGAAAAUGGGAACUGAUAAAAGGAUCAGCCGGACCGAACGCAGUGGUAGAUAUGGAUCGGAGCCGUCCCGUAAUGGCUGGCGAGACUUGCGAGAGCGGGACCAAGAGUGGGAGUACAACAGCCGGCGCUGGAAUGACGAGAGGCGUAAUCAUUACGAAGGAGAUCGCAGAGGAUCUCGAGACAGUCCAGAGCCGAGAGAAAGGAAAAGGCGGAACAGUGACCGAUCAGAAGAUGAUUAUCGCUCAGAUGGCGACUACUCGGAGCACGAUUAUAGAAGAGAUCCAGGAAAUGAGAAGAAGAGUAAGACCAUUAUGAUCGGGGGUUUGUCUCCUCAAACUUCUGAGGAAGAUAUUCGUUUUGCCAUAGACCAACUAGAGGGACCCCAGCCAGUGGAUGUGAGACUGAUGAAAAAGAGAACAGGUAUAAGCCGUGGUUUCGCCUUCGUGGACUUUUAUCACUUGCAAGAUGCUUCCAGAUGGAUGGAGACCAAUCAGAAAUGUCUGAUCAUCCAAGGCAAAGUUUUGGACAUGCACUACAGUCACCCUAGGAACAAGUAUGAAGACUGGCUCUGCACCACUUGUGGCCUGUACAAUUUCCGGAGGCGGCUGAAGUGCUUCAGGUGUGGAGCAGCCAAAACUGAUGGUGAAGGAAGCAAUAAUGCUGUGGCCUCUGAAGUUCAGCCCAGUGGCGAUUUUUAUGGCGACACAAUCAUCCUGAGAAAUAUUGCUACUCAGACUACGGUGGAUGCCAUAUUGUCAGUACUGGCACCGUAUGCUAAUCUGUCAUCAAACAACAUUCGACUCAUUAAGGACAAGCAAACGGGCCAGAACAGAGGUUUUGCCUUUGUGCAGCUCUCUUCUCCUCUGGAGGCCUCUCAGCUGCUAACCAUCUUACAAGGAUUGCAGCCUCCCUUGAAACUAGAUGGGAAAACCAUUGGUGUCGAUUAUGCCAAGAGUGUUAGAAAGGACCUUUUGCUACCUGAUGGGAAUCGUAUCAGUGCCUUUUCUGUCGCCAGCACAGCUAUAGCAGCAGCCCAGUGGUCAUCAGCUCAGACCCAGCAGAGGUCAGAUGGAAUGUCGGAGUAUGCCUACCUGCAAGAAGGCUACACUCCACUGUCACAGGAUUAUCAGACAUACUAUCAAGGGGCUACAGCUAACACCUCCCAGGGAAAUGGACUCCUUGGAGCUGCCCCAGGGUUAAAGAUUGUCCCAUCUGCAGUUGGAGUUGUAAUCUCCCAGAAUGCACAGGUCUACCAACCCCAUAUAAUUGCUCAGCCUGCUAUACAGGCAUUGCUACUUGCCCAACAGCUGGAGGCAAAGCCCCAAACGGGACACCUUUCAGCUGCUGAAGCUGUGUCUGCUCUUGCUGUCACUGCUGCUGCUGCUGUUGGCGCUGCCAGUACAUUACCAUCCUCUGGACAGACGGGGAACACCAACAUGGUUCCUGAUAUCUCCUCCUACCAAUACGAUGAGUCUUCUGGCUAUUACUACGACCCUCAAUCUGGCCUCUACUAUGACCCAACUUCACAUUAUUAUUUCAAUUCUCAGACCCAGCAGUAUUUGUACUGGGACGAUGAGAAGCAGACAUACUUGCCGGCCCCUAAUGCAGAUGUUGGACUAAAUGAUAAAUCAAUAAAUGGCUCAGCAGCUAGCAACAAAGAGCCUAAAGAAGGCAAAGAGAAAAAAGAGAAGCCCAAAAGCAAGACUGCACAACAGAUUGCUAAAGACAUGGAACGGUGGGCCAAAAGUCUCAACAAGCAGAAAGAGAACUUCAAGAGUAGCUUUCAACCUCUUAGUCAAGAAGAGAAAAAGGAGGCGGCAGCUGCUGAUGCUGGAUACACAUUGUUUGAAAAGAAGCAGACAGGCCUAGAACGACUUAUGCUUGAGGUGUCAAAGACCGCUGAAGAAGUAGCACAGAUGAGCUCAGCCUCAACUUCAAAGUGUGGACUUGUGGCGGCUUACAGUGGAGACAGUGACCCUGAGGAAGGAGGAGCAGAGUUUGACAGUGGUGAUGGAACGCAGGACAAGCUGACCGACUGGAAAAAGUUGGCUUGCCUGCUCUGUAGGAGACAGUUUCCUAAUAAAGAGGGUUUGCUUCGACAUCAACAGCUGUCUGACCUUCAUAAGAAAAACCUGGAAGUUCUUAACAGAUCUAAGAUGAGUGAAGCAGAGCUGGAAGAAUUGGAAAGAAAAGAGUCUGAGCUAAAAUACAGGGACAGAGCAGCUGAGAGGAGGGAAAAAUAUGGCAUCCCAGAACCUCCAGCACUGAAAAAGAAAAAGUUCAGCCAGCCAGCACCAGUCAUCAACUAUGAACAGCCCACCAAAGACGGCCUCAACAGUGAUAAUAUUGGGAACAAAAUGCUGCAAGCCAUGGGUUGGAAGGAGGGGAAAGGUCUUGGUCGUAACCAGCAGGGCAUCACUGCUCCUAUUGAGGCACAGUUGAGGACCAAAGGAGCUGGACUCGGCACUAAAGGCACCAACUACACACUUUCACCAUCAGAUACGUAUAAAGAUGCGGUUCGAAAAGCCAUGUUUUCUCGUUUCACUGAACUGGAAUGAGUCCUUCAUUCCAAAUUAGACUUUGUUUAAUACGAUGAUAUGUUUGGAGUAAAACUUGUAU